CUCCCGGAACUCGAGGACGGGACCCGGGGUUUCUUCAGUAGGUUUGUGGUGUGCGGGUGUCUACAGGUCUGGAGCGAGUUCGAACGUGACGCCACGACCGUGUCAUCCCUGCUUGAUUUAGUUGCCACUGUUUAUGUGUCCAUUGCAUGAGUCGCCGUAGACUCUUAGGGCCACAGAAUCGGGACGACCUUGGUGACUGCUUUGCAAACUCCACGCACGGGUUGGACGCAAACAUGGAUUGUAGAGGAUUUAAUUUUUUCCCCAGCUUUGCCUCCCAGUUCCUCUAUGACCCGGUUAGUUCGAGAUUGCCAGCCCCAUACCUCGACUAGACGCUAAGGGCGAAAACUCAGAAAAGCACUGGCUUCCCUGGUGACUUCCUGAAGGGCAGGAACAGCGAAAUGAUUAGGCCAGCAGCACCCUAGAGAUUGAUUCCUCGGGCUUCUCACAGUCGUGGCCUGAUAAUGUCCCUGUAUGGCUUAGUGCCAAAAUGAGGGAUCGCUAUUUAGAACAAAAGAUUAGUAUCAAGUUUUGAGUGAAAUUGAACAAGUCUGCAAGUAAGACCCACCAUCUUUUGAAAGCUUAUGGUGAUGAAGUGGUGACCAGGGCUCGAGUUUUUGACGGGCACAAAAGGUUUAAAGUAGGGCAGGGAGAUGUCCGAGAUGAUGCACGAAGUGGUCGUCCAGUCACCCACAGGACGGAUGAAAAUAUCCAGAAGUUCAAGGACUUGGUUUAUUCAAACAGGCAGUUAACGGCGAGAACGAUGGCUGAAGAAUUAAAUUUAGAUAAAGAAACCGCUAGACUCAUUCUGAAAGAAAACCUGACCAUGAGAAAGUCUGCCAAGAUUAUAACGAGUAUUUUGAAGAAUGAGCCUAAAUUAAAGGAAUUUGUAUUCCCAUAUGACCAUUCAGAGGAAAUUAUGAAACCUAGCUUAUAUGUGAGGGAAAAGACAACAAAUUCUGAAACGUGCAGUCAUUUGCAGCAGAAAGCUGGUGGGGAAAUUGUUCUGCCUCUGUCUAAUCCCAGAAUCCACCCCCUUGGCAGCCAGCUUCUCCAGGGGCCAAUCUCAGCAAGCAUUCCCACUAGGGUUGCUGGGAAUUGGUUCACAUCCUGGUGAAAUGAACCUGAGGUAGCUAGAACCUGUCCUCAUCGGUUUUUCAUCUGGUUUCUGUCUUAGCUCUUCCUCCACACUUGGCAGGGUCCACCGGCAAUAUAGAACUAUGGGGUUCUCUUCCUUGCUGUUCCCCACCAUCUUAGAGGGCUUGUGACGGUUGACUUCCAGUUCUAGCUUGCUCUUCAUUUCUUUAGCUUAACCUCGGGCUUAGGGCUAUCCUGCACAUCAUGCUGUCCAGGGGAUCAUGCCAGUGAGAAGCAGGGGUAGGAGUCUAUUUCUGUGCCCAGGGAGACAUACUCUUCUGAGGGGACCCCCAGAGUCCUGCAGUUUCAGCCUGCUUCACAGUCAGGGCCCGAGAGGUAUAAUACAGAAGGCAGUGGCAUGCUGAUUUAUUGAGUGGUGUGAUCUAGUCCAAAUGACUCAGGGUUGGCCUCCAACACUUACCUCACAGAGCUCCCCUCCCCUGACUGGAGAGCUAGGAUUGUUUCAUUCUCUGUGCUUUGGACCACCAUUCUUUUGGGUGUUCCUUCUGCUAGAAGAGAAGGGUUUGGCCCGAGAACAUUUAAGCCAUGAGACCAAGGUGAAGACCAUAAUGUCACAUGAAGAAGUCAAGUAAUUCCUCAGGUCCUGCAUUAAGGGGGUCUGGGAUACGGUGCCGAUUUACACCCUCCCACAUUUAUUUAGUAACUGAGGCCUAAACAGCUGAAGUCAGGUGUGUUUUGAGCAUCAGCGGUGUGAAGCCCUGAAGUGAGAUUGCUGAGGGUUGAUGGGGUUUAUGGGGGAGGUGUUUUUGUAACUACAUCCGUGAAGAGGGAGACAAAGGGCCAUGAGAUGAGAGAAGGAUACCCCAGAGGUGGUACAGCAUGAGGCUUGGAAAAAUGAUGACACUUUUAGGGCUAAAAUAUUAAAGUCAGGGUGGUGGUGGUAAUGGUGCUGCAGGUGAGUAAUUUGAAACGUUAGGCUUCCUCUCUUCUGCGCUUAAUUUUAUGCUAGUAGUUUAUAAAUUGCUGCCUACCCCAGUGUCUGCAGGUAGUUUUAUAAUAACUCACUUGUUAGCAUAGCUAAUCGGACCCCCCCAAAGCAGGCUCUGUAAAUUUAAACAGCCUCUUUGUACCUCCCUGCCAGAGUUCACGGAAUGAAACUCGUGUCAAGUGCGUGGUAGCAAGUGCUCCAUAUAGACUGAGAGCAUCUCGGAAUGCCAACCAGGGAGCAGAGGACAGGGAGACAACAGCAUCUCACAGCACCAGCCAGUGUCUGCCUUACCCAAGGGUUCUGAUGUUAGUGACUGUGCUUACUAAGGAGUAAAUAAUACCGGUUGAUAGUCGUGCCCAGCACUGUUCAACGUAGUUGUCUUUACUCUCUCUCCUGAAGUUUCAAGGCUGGGCGUCCCAGCACUUGGGAGAGGCAGAAGCAGUUAGAUCUUCAGUUCUGAAGUUCCUUGGAAGCUAGAUCUUGUCUCACAAAGACAUUAUCUAACAAAACUCUUAAAAGGGGACUGGAGAGAUGGCUCAGCAGAUAAGAGCUCUGGCUGUUUUUCCAGAGGACCUGGGGUUCAAUUCCCAGCACCCACUUGGCAGCUCACUCACCACUGUAG